AUGACAAUCGUGGGACUAGGAAGUCGUUCAUACGAUUGCUCUCUCAGCAGUGGUAGGAAUCAUCAGCGCUGCUCAUUUCAAUGUCUUCAGUAUUCGCACUUGCCAGUGUAUAAGUGUAAUAUUUAAUUGAGAAUUCAAUACCUGAGGAAAAGACUCUGCCCGGAUUUUUUUUAUCACGAAUAUUAAUCAUGUUUAAUGACAUAUCAUUCGUAUUUUUGCGGGGAAUGUGAAAGACAAGCUGUGAAAACUGAGUGCAUAGAAGAACUCCUGUAACACUCGUGACUACACAAAACCUGUUUUCAUUAACUUUGAACGGACAUAAAGACAGAGGAGAACUGAUGCAAAAUGGCUCUGGGAUCUUGCGAGGAGAAUGAAUCAAUGCUGAAGUACCAUCAGGUGAAUAUUCUAAAACCCUCCGAAAUUCUCAAAGACACCGAAAAAUGCCUAGAAAAAAACAACAACAUCAUCGAUGAUAAUCACAACAAGACCGAUAUAUACGACGACGAAGCGGAAGUUGGACCCCAUUACAAAUCAAAUUGUCGCGGUGUCCUAGCCCAGUGCCUGGUAUCAGGUGCUGUGUUGCUGUUCACCGCGGGGCUGGGAAUGCCCAUAGGAUUCAGUGCUAUACUUCUGCCCCAAUUGAACCAGACUAAUGAAACGGUCCAGGUGACCGAGGACACAGGAUCGUGGAUCGCCUCAAUUCAUAGUUUGGCAAGUCCACUGGGUGCGCUAUUAUCCGGACCACUUUUGGACGCAGUGGGGAGACGUACAAGUCUGCAAUUAGCCACUCUCCCCCUAAUCUUCGGUUGGAUAAUGAUUGGAGUCUCCAACGACACGUGGUCAAUUCUCACGGGUAGAUUUCUCGCUGGAUUCUCCGUUGGAAUGGGUGCAGUUCCUGCCCAGGUUCUGAUUGGGGAGUGUACGGAUGCUUCUCUUCGGGGAACUUUGGUGACGAUUGGCAUGGUUGCAUAUUCAGGAGGUAUUCUUCUGGUGUACGCGCUUGGUGCCACAUUGAGGUGGAGGAUUGUUGCGUUUACAGGAACUGUACUUCCGUUUGUUGCACUUGUCAGCCUUGGCUGGGUGUGCGAGAGCCCGGUGUGGCUGAUGAGACAGGGGAGGAGGGAACAAGCAAAAAAGGCACUACUCUGGCUGAGAGGAGGAAAUCGAAAACAGGUGAAGUCUGAGCUAUCAAUGCUGGAGACACGCAUUGAAGAGGACCUCGAAAGCGCCUCAGUAACGAUGACAUUAUCCGAAAAACUAUCAAACGCCAAGUCAACAGUAUUUCACCCAGGCGUUAUGAAGCCCCUGAUCGUCAUCAACGUAUUCUUCCUCCUUCAAGUGCUAUCCGGCACGUAUCUCAUUGUUUUUUAUGGUGUCGACCUCAUCCGUGAUGUCGCUGGGGAGGAAAUCGAUAACUACUUGGCAGCUGUGAUGACUUCUCUUAUUAGAUUCGUCUUUUGUGGAUUAGCCUGCAUUUUAUUGUUUCGAGUCGGGAGAAGGACAAUUGGCAUUGUAUCCUCAUUAGGUACUGCUGUCUCAUCACUUGUUCUCGCUGGCUAUAUUUCAUUCAACAGUGGGGGCUCUUACAUCAGUACAUACGUAGUGGGCGUUUGUCUAUUACUGUACGUAAGUUUUAACACAAUUGGACUGAUGACACUACCUGGGCUCCUAAUCGGCGAAUUGCUGCCUCAACGAGCCCGAGGUAUUGGCGGUGGCUUCACUAUGUUCAUAUAUAAUUUCGGUUUAUUUGGAGUAACCAAGGUCUUCCCUAUGGUGAAGGCUAUGGUAGGUAUGACUGGAGUCUUUGGAAUCUUCGGGGUAUCAGCAAUUUUAGAGGGUCUCUUUAUCUGGUUAGCGUUACCCGAGACGAGAAACCGCACGCUCGAGGAUAUCGAGGAUUACUUCAAGGAUGGAAAUGUGCUCUGGGUAAAGAGAAGGAGAAGCCAGAAGCAACAUCUCAUGGACACAGAAGCUUGACUAUGAUAAGUUUUUAUUCCAUCAUUAAGAUGAAAAAAUGUGAUUCCUACUGUUAAGAUUCUUAUUUGAAGGUAAAUCGUAUUCAGAGGUGUAGAAAGACUGAUGAUCAAAUUUUAACUAGUGGUAAUUAAGGCUUGAAUUUAAAUGAUUAGUUUAAACAAGAGUUCAGAAUUUAUCAGAACCGAAUGAUUUUUAGUUUUAAGUAUUCAAACUUGUACUUUCAGGUCGAAUAUUAGAAAUAAAUAAAUCAAGAUAUCAUUGAAUUGAAGUUAAUUUUUGUUAUCUUUCGCGGGAAAAAUGUAGCGAAUGCUUACCAUACUUUCCCCAGGAGACCUUUGUCGUUUCCCUUUCCAUUGAAAUAAAUAAAAAGUCAGGACAAUUUUUUUUCGGUCUCACUUUAUUUAAUCAAUGCCAUCGAUCGCUAGACAAUAAUUCUUACUAUCACGGAACUCACGAAACCUCAACAUGUUAUGAUACGUCAAUGUUCGAUAAUUACUGAAGCUUGAGCACCAAGCUCAAUUUUCAUCCCAGAAUCUGAUAUAAUACGAUCUUAUUAAUUAACAGGACAAAGUAAAAAGAAGAGUCAAUUUCAAU